AUGCGUGGACGGGACAUCCCGUACACAGCAGUGAGUACCCGGAGUGUUAUGCUCUGGGGGUGGCUAGUGAUACCACAGGGGCUAAGUAACGCCCCUGCAACGGUCAACAGAUGUGAUACGAAUCUGUUUCGACUGGUGCGUGACUUCGCACCGAGUUACUUUGACGAUGUAUUCGUCCAUAGCCGGGCUAUGGAUGGAAAGACGGACGUGGAGAUUCACAAUUUCCACUUCCAGAAGGUCCUUACACUUAAGCGAGAGCGUAAGUUGUUCGCGAACCUCAAGAAGUGUAUAUUCGCAGCGAACGAAAUGCUACUUCUUGGCUGCAUCGUGGGUAAAAACGGCGUACGCCCUGAUCCGGAAAAGAUCGAGGUGAUUAGCGACUGGCCUGUGCCAGUUGACGUCAAGGGACUUCGAAAGUUUCUUGACUUCGCGGCGUACUUGCACAAGUACUCGCGCAACUACGCCGAGAUGACCGUACCUCUCUCUCGUCUGCUAAAGAAAAACGAGAGGUGGUCAUUAAGUGCUGAGUGUCAGCACUCCUUUGAAGUUAUCAAGAAAAGUUUGAUACAAUCGCCUGUGUUGGCGAUUGCAGACAGGACAGACCAUACCAUGUGGUCUGUGACGCCAGCGAUUUUGCAAUCGGCUGCGCGUUAA